CACAAAGAUGGAGGCUUUAAACUUCUAUAGGACUGCCUCUGACCACAAUGCAAUAAUUUUUUAUACUGAGGUGGAAGUAAGCUGUAGGAGAAGAAGAUUUGUUUUUGACAAAUCUUGGGUGAAGCAGGAGGGUAUUACAGAUGUGGUGAUGGAAGGGUGGCAGGUUUCAGUUGAUGGGUCUCAGAUGUAUCAAGUUCACCAAAAAAUUAAGAACACAAGGAUGGCUCUAUUAUCAUGGCAUAAACCACUGCAUAGAAACAGUGAAAAAGCAGUCAAAGUUCUCACAGAGAAAAUGGAGGAGAUGAGGAACAAUGGUUUGGAGAGGGACUGGGAAGAGUGGGCAAGUACUAAGGCUGAGCUAGAUCAGGCUCGUAAAGAGGAAGAGAAUUAUUGGAGGCUAAAAUCGAGGGCUUUGUGGCUAAAAGAAAGGGAUCAAAACUCCCGGUUUUUUCAUGCGUUCACUGCUCAAAGGAGGAAAUCUAACUCUAUUUACAGGCUGGUUACCAAUGGUGGUGUGGUUUGUGAUUCAAAAGAUACCAUUGAGACUCACAUGGUAGAAUUCUACACAAGUUUGUUUACCUCAGAAGGGAGCUCCGCUAAUGCUGAGACGCUGCAGCACAUCUCCAGAACUAUCAUUGAUGACCAUAAUUCUAUUCUUGUCCAACCAAUUGAGGAGAAGGAGAUUAAAGCGGCUGUCUUUAUGAUGGAGUCUGACAAGGCACCCAGGGAGGAUGGUAUGACUGUCUAUUUCUUCAAACACUUUUGGAAUAUUAUUAAAGAUGAUGUUUGUGCUGCAGUCAAAAGUUUUUUCUUAUCUGGAAAUAUGCUGAAGAACUGGAAGCAUACUGUAAUUACUUCAAUUCUAAAGUGUCUUUACCCGGAUUCUCUGAGCAAUUUCAGACCUAUUUCUCUGUGUGGUGUAUUAUACAAAGUAGUGGCUAACAUUAUUGCUCAAAGACUGAAGCUGUGUUUAAAUUCCUGCAUUAGUAGUGCUCAAACUGCUUUUGUACCUGGUAGAAGUCUUUUAGACAAUGUGGUUAAUGCUCAGGAAGUGUUCUACUAUUUUCACAAACACAGAUCAGGUCCUCAUGCGUUUAUGGCUAUUAAACUUGACAUGGAGAAAGCUUAUAAUAGGGUAGAAUGGAUCUGCAUCAAGGUUAUCAUGAGGAAAAUGGGCUUUCAUGGGAAGUUUAUUAAUUGGAUUCUUAGUUGCAUUUCUCAUCCUACCUUUUCUUUUAACUUGAAUGGGGCUAACUGUGGCUUUGUCAAAGCUACUAGGGGAAUCAGGCAGGGUGAUCCCCUGUCUCCAUAUCUGUUUAUCAUUGUUUCUGAGGUGCUUUCCUCUUAUCUACAUUAUUUGAUGACUUCUAGACAAUUCAAAGGGAUCAAAAUUGCAAAGAAUGCUCCUAUGUUAUCACACCUGUUAUUUGCAGAUGAUGCACUUGUGUUCUGUAAGGCCGAUGACUAUCAUGCAAGGUUGAUGCUGAAUAUCCUACAUAAUUAUAAAGGGUUUACAGGUCAAAAGGUUAAUCUUCACAAGUCCUCCAUGUUCCUUAGUAGAAAUUGCAGGCCUGAUAUGGUGUGUAGAAUUAGUGCUAUACUCAGUGGGGUUGUGGUAAAGAGAUCUUCGAGAUAUCUUGGCCUUCCUCUGGGUAUUGGUGCUUUUAAAAGGGAUGCAUUUCAAUUUGUUGAGGAGUCAGUGAAAGCCAGAAUAGAAAGUUGGAAGAAUAACUUGUUAUCACCGGCAGGGAAGGAAGUUUUAAUCAAAUCUGUUUUGCAGGCCCUUCCAAUUUUUGUGAUGUCUUGUUUUCUGCUCCCUAUUGGUCUGUGCAAGAGAAUAUGCAGGUUAAUGGCAAAAUUCUGGUGGAGUAAGGGAAGUUCUCAGGAGAAUAGUCUGCACUGGAAAGCUUGGGAGAAAAUGGUUAUUCCAAAAAUAAAUGGUGGGCUGGGUUUCUUGGAUAUUCAGACUCUGAACAAAGCUCUCAUCUUGAAACAACUAUG